GACGCGAGUUGGAGGGAGCUGCCACUCCGGUGCGGACUUGAGUCAGUGUGCGCUGCGCUCCGGAUCCAGCGCGACGUACAUGCGCACGCUCGCUGGCACGCACGCACGUACGUACGACCACCGGCCGGGCAGCUCGCUGAGAUGGACGUCAUCCCCAUGUGCAGCAUCUUCCAGGAGCUGCAGAUCGUGCACGACACCGGAUAUUUUUCCGCUUUACCGUCCCUGGAGGAGUAUUGGCAGCAGACAUGCUUGGAGCUGGAGCGCUACCUCCAGGCCGAGCCUUACGUGUCGGCGUCCGAGCUCAAGUUUGAAGGCCAGGAAGACCUUUGGAGCAAACUCAUGCUGGCGUGCGGCGACAAAACGGCGGACCCCAAGCUGGCCAAGGAGGACGAGGACCCCAGAGAGAGCCGCGACCCAGUCGGCUGCUGCUUCCACUCGGACGCCAGCAGCGAGGCGUCGGACAGCUCCGAGGAACUGUCGCCCGCCCUGGACUUCGGCGCCGGCUCGCUGGCGGACCUCCUGGGCGACGUCCCCGAGGACUUGAGCGUCGCCGCCUGCGCCGUCAUCAUCGGGACGCCGCCCUCCUCGCCCGAGAUGGCCAAGGAGGGCCCGACGGGGCCGCGCUCUUGGGGCCCCGUGCACGCCGUACCGCACCUGGCGGGGAAAUCCCGGGCUGAGAAGCUCGCCGGAGAAGAGGCGUCACCUGAGGGCAGGAGGCGAGUCCACAGGUGUCUCUUCAACGGAUGCAGGAAGGUGUAUACCAAGAGCUCGCAUCUCAAGGCGCACCAGCGCACUCAUACAGGUGAGAAGCCGUACAGAUGCUCAUGGGAAGGCUGCGAGUGGCGUUUCGCGCGUAGCGACGAGCUGACGCGCCACUUCAGGAAGCACACUGGAGCCAAGCCAUUCAAAUGCAGCCACUGCGACAGGUGUUUUUCCCGCUCGGACCACCUGGCUCUGCACAUGAAGCGGCAUGUCUAAGGCGGCGAAGUGGAAAGCCCCGCGGGACGAAUCAGGUGGAUUUUUCCUGACCUGCGCGGCAUCAGUGAGGCCGGUGCGUCGUGUCGACGGGGUACCGCGGCGGGAAAAAGCAGGCUGUUCAUUUUACGCCGUACUCUCACCGGAGCGGAGAACGUCCUGGAAAGGACGGGAACCUGUUUAUGGCGUAUGUGACACUUUCCAUACGGCGCCACACCUGGAGGAUCAUGGGAUUUUUCAGGGGGUGACGACAGAGUGUUUGGACUGCGGAUGCCUGCGCUGGUUUGCUGUAGUGCGGCGUGCAUGGUGGGCGAGUGAAUGAAAAGAAAGCCUGGGAAGAAAAGGAUGGGUCAGUUGUUUUUUUGCUGCCCUCCAGAGACCUGGAGUGGAACUACAGCCGCCUGCUUAUUAGAAUUUUUUAAAAAUCGGGGCGGGAGGAGGGUUUUCUAUUUUUUUUUCUGUUUUUGGUGCAGCUAAUAAAUGUGCAAUGUAUGACGUAGCCUGUGUGAAAACACGCAAGAAAGAUCGUAAAAUAAAAACAAUUAUUUCAAACAGUCGGAACUGGCGAAAGGGUUAAAGGGGGACACUGGAAAGACAAAAAUGUAACUCACCCCCAAAAUUUUCCAACUCCGUUUGUCUAUAAAAUGUAAGUUGAGUCUUGAAAAAACAUGACUCUCCGUGCAAAACCUGACCCUAAUCUUCUAAAGAUAGAACUUUUUUGCUAUGAAAUCCCUUUUUUUUUUUGUCUCGAGAAAAUUGGUUUGACUGGGAGGGAUUGGCAGAAAUAAUUAUAGAUAAUUAAUCUUGUCAAAUGAAAGAUUUUAAACCAGUCAAGCAGAUUUAUUCUUUAGAAAUGUUGACUUUUUUGGUGAUAAUUUCUCAAUAUUAACAGGACGUGUCCCAAAAAUCAACAGGAAGUCACCCAUUAUUAACAGGAAGUGAACUGGAAAUUACCCAAAGUCGACCUGAAAAUGACCCCAAAAAAAAACACUCAGAAAUGAAAUGACUCAAAAUCUAUAGGAAGUGACCCAAAUGCCCCAAACUGAACAAAACGUGACACAAAUUAUAUAGGCAAACCGGAAAAGACUCCAAAUCAACAGAAUGGGAGUCCAAAUGAAACGGCCACCCAGAAACGACUCACAAUAAACAGGAAGUGACCGGAAAUGCUCCGAAAUGAACAGAAAGUGACUGAUAAUGAAUAGGUCAUCCAGAAAUGACUCAAAAAUCCAAAGGAAGUAUCUAAAGAAAUCCCAUAAAAUGAACAAAAAGUGACUCAAAAUAAAUGGAACACCAGAAACGACUCAAAAUCAACACAAAGUAACCCAAAAAUGCCCCAAAAUGAUCAGAAAGUGACUCUAAAUAAAUAGGCCACCCGGAAACGACUCAAAUUCACCCAAAAUUGACUCAAAAUGCCCUACAAUGAACAGAAAGUGACUCAAAAUGAAUAGGUCACCCAGAAAUGACCCAAAAUCAACAGGAAAUGACACCAAAAUGCCCCAAAAUGAACUAAUAGUGACUUCAAAAUGAAUAGGCCAACCAGAAAUGAUUCAAAAUCAACAUAAAGUGACUCAAAAUGAAUAGGUCAACCAGAAACGAUUCACAAUUCAACAGGAAGUGACCCAAAAAUGCCCCAAAAUGAACAAAAAAUGACUCAAAAUGAAUAGGCCACCCAGAAAUGACUCAAAACCAAAAUAAAGUGACCCCAAAACGCCACAAAAUUAACAAAAAGUGAUAAAGUAAAUAGGCGAACCAGAAAUAACUCAAAAUGAACAGAAAGUGACUCAAAAUGAAUAGGCCACCCAGAAAUGACCCAAAAUCAACAGGAAAUGAUCCAAAAAUGCCCCAAAAUGAACAAAAAAAAUGAUUCAAAAUGAAUAGGCCACCCAGAAAUGACUCAAAACCAAAAGAAAGUGACCCCAAAACGCCACAAAAUUAACAAAUAGUGACACAAAUAAAUAGGCAAAUCAGAAAUGACUCAAAAUGAAUAGAAAGUGACUCAAAAUGAAUAGGCCACCCAGAAAUGACUCAAAACCAAAAGAAAGGGACCCCAAAACGCCACAAAAUUAACAAAAAGUGACACAAAGUAAAUAGGCGAAUCAGAAAUGACUCAAAAUGAACAGAAAGUGACUCAAAAUGAAAAGGCCACCCAGAAAUGACCCAAAAUCUAACAAGAAGUGACCCAAAAAUGCCCCAAAAUGAACAAAAAGUGGCUCAAAAUGAAUAGGCCACCCAGAAAUGACUCAAAACCAAAAGAAAGUGACCCCAAAACGCCUCAAAAUUAACAAAAAGUGACACAAAGUAAAUAGGCGAAUCAGAAAUGACUCAAAAUGAACAGAAAGUGACUCAAAAUGAAUAGGCCACCCAGAAAUGACCCAAAAUCUAACAGAAGUGACACAAAAAUGCCCCAAAAUGAACAAAAAGUGACUCAAAAGGAAUAGGCCACCCAGAAAUGACUCAAAACCAAAAGAAAGUGACCCCAAAACACCGCAAAAUGAACAAAAAGUGACUCAAAGUAAAUAGGCGAACCAGAAAUAACUCAAAAUGAACAGAAAAUGAUUCAAAAUGAAACCAGAAAUGACUUAAAAUCAACCAGAGGUGACCCAAAAAUGCCCCAAAAUGAACGUAAAAUGACUCAAAAUCAAAAGGCCACCAAGAAAUGACUCCAAAUCAACAGGAAGUGACCUGCAAAUGCCCCAAAAUGAACAAAAAGUGACUUAAAAUGUUCAUUCGCCCCUCCCAGUUCAAACGGAUUGGACAUCUAGCACCGUCAAUGGCACUGAAACACAUUCACGACCAGUCCCUCGCAGUUGAAACGAAUGAAAAGUCUGUUCUUUAUUUUUCUCUUUCCAGUGGACGUCUAGAAGCGAAAAAGUUUUGUUUCCGUGACAACAUCAACCACUACUACUAAUAACGAUGGCUUCGCCUUGAUUUUUUUACUUUGUUUUAUACGCGUCAAAACAAAAAGCGAGAGGAAAAAAAGUGCACUGUUGACCUUCUGGAUGCCUUACGCAAGUGGCCUUGUCAACUUCAACGCAAACACAGAAUGCAGUUAUUAAAAAAGCUUUACAGACGCUCAUUUCCUCUCUCCACAAUAAAACAAGCCCAACGGCGUCCGACAGACGUUAUCACAUUGGACUUUUUUUGUUUUUGUUUUUUGGACUUGCGCUGUUUGCUACCGUGUAGUAACUAUUCCGUUUUACAAAAUAGUCAUGUUCAAAUUACAAAGUAUUCUCAGUCAAUUCACUCCAGUCAUUUAAUUUUAGGACUUCUUUCCCCCUUCAAAAUGUUUCCCAACUGCCAAAUUUUACUAUUUUUAACUCAUUGGCCGCAAUUGACUGCGAUGGACGUUCGAUCCUUUGGAUCCUCAGAUUUUCUGAUUUUUGUUCUUGAUGAAUAUAUGACUUCAACAAUGUAAUAUUAUUCAAAUCAUUUCAUUGUAAUUUUGAAAUAUUUUCCCUUGGGAAAAAAUGGCUUUCAUGCCUGGAUUACAUUAAACAAAUGUACAGUACAUCAAAAAGCAUUUGGGGAAAACAUAAGUACAUAAAAAUAUUAAUAACAAUGCAUUUAUUAUAUAUGUAUAUAUAUACAAAAAAAAUGGAUGAAUUAAUUCAAAACAGAUUUUUAAAAAAUGAAAUGGAAGAAAAUUUAGGAAACUAAUUUAAAAAAAUAAUCAAAACUUAAAAAAUAAAUAAAUAAAUAAAUAAAUAAAUUAAUUAAAAUGUUAGAAAUUAAAUUUAAAAAUAUAUUUUUUGAACCAACCAUAUAAAAAUGAAAAAUUAAAUUUGGGAAAUUUUAACAAAUAUAAAGGAGGAAGUUAUUAAUUAAUUUAUAAAUUUGUAAUUAAUUAAAUAAUUUUAUUUGAUUUAAAAUUACAUACAAAUACAACAUAAAAGUUGAAUAAAUUAAUUAAAAAGAAAAAGAUUUUUUUUUUAUUAAUUAAUGAAAUAUAAGAAAACAUAGGAAACAUUUUUUUUUUUUUUAAUCAAACAUUAGAAAAAAUGAGAAAAAAUUUAAAUUUUGGAAAAUAAAUUUUAAAAUAUAUUUUUUGAACCUACCAUAUGAAAAAUUGGGGAAAUUUUAACAAAUAUAAAGGAGGAAGUUAUUAAUUAAUUUAGAAAUUUGUAAUUAAUUGAAUCAUUUUAUUCCAUUUAAAAUUACAUACAAAUACAACAUAAAGGUUGAAUGAAUUAAAGAAACUAAAAACAGAUUUUUUUUUUUUAAAAUCGAUGAAAUAUGAGAAAACGUAGGAAACUAAUUUUAAAAAUUGUCAAAAAUGAAAAGAAAAUAUGGGGGAAAAAUCAAAAAGACAUUUUAGAAAAUUAAUUUAAAAAUAUAUUUUUUGAACGAAUAAAUAUAAAUAGAAAAAUAAAUAUAAAUGGGCAAUUAAUUAAAUGUAUUUAAUUUAAAACUAAUUAAAUUAAUUUUUAAAAUUUAAAAUUACAUAAAAAUACAAACAUAAAAGUUGAAUAAAUUAAUUUUAAAAAUUAGCAACAGAUUUUAAAAAAUAAAAGAAGUAGAAGAAAACUUAGCAAACUAAUAACAAAAAAUAAUCAAAAAUUUAAAUAAAAUAUAUAUAUAUAUAUAGGGAAAAAGUAAAAAGAAAUAUUAAAAGACUAAAGGAAAAUUAAAAAUAUAUUAAUUGAAUGGAUUAUAUAAAAAAUGAAAAAGAAAUUUGGGAAAAUAUUAAAGUUUAAAGGAGGAAUUUAUUUAUCAUUUACAAAAAAAAUCAACCAAUUCAAAUUAUUUGAAUUAUUUACGAUUUUUCAAAUUAAUUUUAUAAAUUUAAUUAUAAUAUUUUCUUAUAUUAAUUUAGUAAUAAAUUCCUCCUUUUAUCAUUUAUUGUUAUUAAUUUAUUUUCAAAAAUUAAAUUUAUAUAUAUGUUUUAUUAUUUCCUCUAUGUCUUACUUUUUAUUUUAGCAUACUUACUGUAUUUACAUACUAAUGUAAUCCUCCAAUGCUUCACGUACGUAUAUUUGUCAACUCCCAUUGACGGCAACAGACAUCCGACCGAACGUUCAUUCGCUUCCACCUCUCUCACGUCAAAUAGAUUGGACGUCUACAAGUGAUAAAAUCAUUCAAAACGUUUUCAUUUAUCUUUUAAAAGCCCAGCCAAGCUAGAAUUCAAACCGAGCUAGACAAAGACGGGACUUGUUGCGUUGUGACGGGCGAGCGAGCGGCCAUUGUUCUUUGUAUUUUUCCACUUGGAGAGCUCAACAAAGCAAAAGUGUUUCUAAAAAGGCCCUUUUUCUCAACCGAGGACCAAAUCGAACAGUGUGGAUGUUCUCUUAGAAAAUAAUAAUAAUAACAAAUGGUUUGUUUUUGCAAACUCUCACAAGUAUUAUUUUUGUUUUUUUGUUUUUUUAUUUGCCAUGUGACUCGUUUGGAUGAUCAAAUGUGACGCUUUGUUUGUAUUUUGUUUUGGAAAAUGCUCAAAAUGUAUGAAUGUAUUUUUUAUGGGGAAAGUGGAUUAAAAAACAGGAUUUUA